AUGUUUGCCAAUCGUCAAACCAAUGCGCAUAUAAAUUCGCACGUGCACAUCAACGAUUGCUUGUUUUCUAUAAUGCAGUCGAUAUCGCGAGCUGAUGAAUAUAAUGUCGCAAUCAUUUGGCAAGUUUGGCUGUCAAGUUCAGUUGAUUUCUCUGAAAUAAUUGCUGAAGUCAAACAUCAAGCUCAACUAUCGGCUGAUUAUUUAAGGACAUAUCGAGAAGCUAACGAAUGUGAACAAUUUAUCUGUUCAGUUUCAACAACCGAUCGAAUUGUCUUCAUUGUUGAUGAUUCAUUAGCCGAGCAGAUCCUCUCUAAAAUUCACGAUCUUCAGCAAAUCUAUGCUGUUUUUAUCUACACAACAAAUGCCGAAUUGAUCGACGCCGAAUUCAAGAAAUUCUCCAAAUUCCGAGGUAUCCGUACGCGUGUAAACCAACUGAUCGCUUUGAAUCGUAAACGCUAUGAUCGACGUCAACGGCAACAACGUCGCCGUCGAGAAGAACCACAGGAAGUUGAUGAACAAUUGACGUUUAAUAUCCUAAACACCGAACUUGACGAAGAUAAAUCCACUGCUGAACUAGAUGGUCAAUUUGUUCAUUCACAACUAUUAAUCGAUUGUCUUCAACGAAUGAAAUCAACUUCGAAAGAAAUCGAACAAUUCGUGAAAUUCUGUCGCAGUCACAAAGAGUACGAAAAGGAUUCCAAACAUUUGAAGAUUGUGGAAGAAUUCCAGGACUACUAUUCUGUGGAAAACUCACUCUGGUGGUAUACGAGAGACACGUUUGUUUAUCGGAUGUUGAACAAAGCGCUUCGGAUACGCAAUAUCGACAUUUUAUACCUUUUCCGUUUCUUUAUUCGCGAUCUGGCGGAACAAUUGAAAGAAAACCAAUGGUUAUCUCCUGGAUCUGUUUAUCGAGGUCAAUCAUUGUCGAAAUUUGAAAUCAACCGACUUGAACAAUCGAUAGGAAAGUUAAUUUCAAUCAAUUCUUUUCUAUCCACUACAUUACAUCGCGAAGUCGCUUUGAUCUACCUUGGAGAAAUACCUGAUCUAGAAAAAGUUCUAUUCAAAAUUGAUUUCAAUCCGCUGUUGGAAGGAAUCAAACCAUUCGCGGACAUCACAAUCUUCAGUGAGUUCCCUCAAGAGGGAGAAAUUUUGUUUAUGCUUGGUUCAAUCUUUCAAAUCGAGAAUGUUUUCCGUGAUGACACCAACACGUGGAUUGUGCAAUUGAAUCUAUGCAGUGACCAUGACCAAGUUCUCAAAUCGAUCUUUCAAUUCUUAAGAAAAGAAUCAAGCCGAUGUGACUUUGAUCUUUUAGCGUUCGGAAAUGUUUUGCACGACAUGGGAGAAUUCGAACAAGCGAAUAGUUAUUACAAUCGAUGUCUAGAGAUCUUACCAGCGGAAGAUCAUGUCUGGAAACCUUACUGUUACUAUUUGUUGGGAUUAAUCGCGACAGAAAAUGGCGAAAACAAAUACGCUCUUCAACUUUUUGAUAAAUCUAUAUUUAUGCGAAGACAAACGUUACCGCCAUCAGAUCCAAGUAUUGCGGACACAAUGAAUGCUAUUGCUAGAGUGUAUUACGUGCAAGGAAAUCUGGAAUUAGCUUUAGAUUUGUAUAAACAAGCAUUGGAUAUCUUUCAAAAAGCAUUUAGUGAAGAUGAUUUGACCAGUGCGAUGACUUACACGAACAUCGGUGUGGUUUGUCGAGCAAUGGAGAGAUAUUCGGAAGCACUUGAUUAUCAUAAGAAAGCAUUGGGUAUUCGUCAUCGACAUCUUCCAGCGGAUCAUUUUCGAUUCGGAACGUCGAAUAACAACAUGGGUGAAGUUUAUCUCGGUCUCGGUGAAUAUGACGUCGCUUUGAAACAUUUCGAAGCAGCACAUGAGAUUUACAAGAAGUCAUUACCUUCACGACAUGUCGAUAUUGCGAUAUUGUUGAUCAACAAAAGCUUCAUUUAUGAGCAAAAAGGUGAUUUACAAGAAGUUCUUGCAUGUUAUAANAAUCUAUUAUUGACAAUGCGGAAAAAACUCAAGAAUUGUCUUCGUUGA